CUCAUCUAAAAGUCACGGGACACAAGGGAGUGAAACAUAAUUCAACUUCCAGAUUUUGCUGAGUGGGAGGUCCUAACCUGCUCUAUAAAGACUCAAGUGUUUGCUCAGUGGAAGUGUGAGACGUGCGACAGGAGGCUGUUGGAUCACUUCACAGUGAAGAUGUUGAGGAUCACUCUGCAGCUGUUGGUGGGGGUGUUGGUGUUGGGUGUUGCUUUGUGUGACAUCAGAUGUCCUGAUGGGAACCGCUGCCCCGAUCUGACCACCUGCUGCUUAACCAGUCUUGGAUAUCGCUGCUGUCCGUAUCCAAAGGCUGUGUGCUGCUCUGACCUGGCCCACUGCUGCCCCUCAGGGUUUCGUUGUAACCUGGCAACCCAGAGGUGUGAGAAAGCUGACCAGCCGUGGUUGAGCAUACCCAUGGCAAAGAAGGAGGCUGCAGAGGAGCCCAGCAGCCCCGUUCUGCCUGUGAUUCCUCUUCAGGACUCUGACAGCAACCACGUCCCCGAGCAAACAAAGACUACCAUCGUCCACUGUGACAACUACUACUACUGUCAAGAUGGCACUACUUGCUGCAGACACCCGAAAGGCGCCUGGUUCUGUUGUCCCUACUCUCCUGGGAGGUGUUGUCUGGAUGGCUACCACUGUUGUCCAUACGGCUAUGACUGUGAUCUCACCUACACUCACUGUGUCAGAAACACCCUGAUGUAUCCUUUCCCGUCCAAACAAGCUCUGUCUUCACUCCCUGCUUCCCGCAUUUCAACUCCAGAGGACAAAAGCAGCUUGGAGGAGGCACCGAUGACAGCUCUAACCGAGGCCCUCAGCAGCCCCUCUGACGACAGAGUCAUUCGCUGCGAUGCCAAGUUUUACUGCCCAGUAGGAACAAGCUGCUGCAGGGGACCCACAGGCAACUGGAACUGCUGUCCCUUCCCACUGGGCCAGUGCUGUUCGGAUGGUAAGCACUGCUGUGAGUUUGGAUACACCUGCGAUCCCUCCUCCUUGUCGUGCAGAAAAUGGUACUCUGAGGUUCCCUCUGGAGCACAAGAAGACGCCCAAACACUCUGAGGACACAAUGCUGCAGUACACAGUGACCAUUUCUCAUCAUUAUGGUUGAGAUGAAGUGUAACAAUGCUUUAUGGCCUCGUUGAAGAACAUUAACAGACACACUGGCUAGAUGUCGAAUCAGAUCAAUCUCACUAGAAGACAGUUAAUGAUUAAACAAUGUGCUUGCAACAGCAUAAAAUUGGUCCUAAUAUCUGCUGCUUUCAAAGUAAUAAUAAUGUUACUGUAUGUUUGGCUCUUGGAAGACAGUCACCAUUCAUCUUCAGUUCAGCAAGAUUUCCUGCAACCACAUUUUCAGAAUACUUAGUCAAGAUUUUUUUUAGGAUUAGACAAAUCAUGGAGAGCUUUUUGCCAGCCUCAAAUGGCUUCAUGAUCUUUUGUACUGACAAAAGAAACAUUGAUGUUUUAAAAUAAAAAAACAAAUAUGAAAA